UGCACUCUUGGUGCUCGAUACUAUCGAAGGAGAAGGGGAAGGGGUGUGUGAACUGGUGAACUUCUUGAUUUGUAAACAAAAAUCAAUCGAGGGUUUGACUUGUUUUGACAAGAAGUGAUCGGUUCUCUUCUCAUUGCAAGCCCAUUGCAAGGAAAAUGGCCACACUUGAAGACAAGAUUCUAGGAGAGAAACUUCACAACUACUGCAGUAGUAGUGAAGACGAAGACGAGAAGUCAGGCUCUGGAGAUGAAGAAACUGGUGGCAAAGAGACUCAGCCUUCCAACUCCAAUGCCUUGCCACAACCUGAGCCUUGGUCUGGCUCAUCGACAAACACUGGCCCGAAAGGUGUGAUCAAGGAUUGGCAACGAUUCAAGCAGUUAGAAACAGAGAAGCGUGCUGAACAAGAAAAAGAAAAAUUGGAGCUCAUUAAGAAAUUGUCUCUUACAUGUCAGUCAGCUUUAGAUGAUGAGAAGGAUAAAGCCAAAGCUGAGCAGCUAGAUCCGGAGCUUCAAGAGCUUCUUGAGGACAGCUUUCUUCUUCAGUAUCAAGAGAAAAGGAUGAAAGAGAUGCUUGACCAGUACAAAAACCUCCCGUCAUUUGGGAAGCUGAUUUCAUUAAAUGAAAGUGGAGAAUUUUUGGAGGUCAUUGAUAAUGAGCAUGCCGCAGUGACUGUAAUCAUUCAUAUAUGUGAGAAUAAUAUUUCAGGAUGUCACUCUAUGAAUAGUUGUCUUGAAUGUCUAAGUGAGAAAUUUCCGAAGGUCAAGUUCUGCAAAAUAUUAAGCUCUGUCGCUGGAAUGAGUCAACGUUUCAAGUCUGGAGGGCUUCCUGCUUUGUUGGCCUACAAGGGAGGGCAGCUUAUAGGGAACUUUGUAAGAAUUACAGAUGAUCUUGGCUCUGACUUUUCUGCCGAGGAAGUUGAAGCAUUUCUUAUUGAGCAUGGUGUGAUACCAGACCAAUCUUGUAUUCCAAAAAUUAUACAGCAGUCAUCAUUAAAUGAUGACGAUGACGAUGAAGAUGAUGACUAGAAAAAUGCCUCUUCUUAAAUGUUGCUUUUAGACAUUUUAAACUGUAUAAAUCUAUGAUUUUGUAAGUGAUCUCUUGUUGAUGUUGCAUGUUGUUAGAAAUAACUAUUAGAUCUUUUGUACCAAGCCUUGUAUAACUUCGAACUGCACUCUCAUUAUUAUAUCCAUACAAUUACAUUCUUAAGUAUUAUAUGUAGUACUAGGUUUAAAGCAACUUCUUCCAAUGUGCGUUUCAACAUUUGUCUUUUAUUCUCUUAUUGAGUUAAGGAGUGGUAGAGUUUUUGGUUUGCACAGUGCAUGCAAAUUGAGACUGUCGGGACCAAUCCUCGUCCAGAAGCCAAACACUUAAGCCUUAUCUAUGUAUUCUUACACGUCUGCCAAAUUUUUUAAAAUUGUGAAGCAUAAUAUGGACCCCUUGAACUAGGUACUUCAAUUGAGCUAAAUGUAGAAAUUUCUAAGGACUGUUACUUACAUGUUCCCCUUUUAAGUUUAGGUUGUUCUUGAAAAUGAAAUUUUCUUACCUAACUCUCUAAAAAAUAUAUUUCUAUGUAUUCUUCUACUGUCAAACUUAACAAAUAAAAAGAUUGCUAUAUCAUCAAGGCAA